AUGGAAAGGACAUUGGCGGAGAAGCGACUCGGCGAAAACGUGGCGAGAUUGCGAAGCGGAGAACCUCUGAGCGAUUCAAAGGCUAAGUGCGCAUCUGCGGAGUCUCGGCAUCGGCGCGUGUGGCUGCUGCAGGCACGGCCCGCCGCGAUUACCGCUCGUCGCAUGGCGGAACGGAACAGCGAGGCACAGGGGAGGAAUUCGUGCGAGCGCGUCCAGAGUUCCAAGAGUGGUAACAAACGAAUAUCGAAUUCUCCGCUUGUUGGGGGAAGACACAGUAUCUCUUACCGUAUGAACGGUGCGGGGGACACGAGGGACCAUCUUCGCCUUCCCACCCACGAGCCUCUUCGCUCACAGAUCAAGGCUGCCUGUGCAGAAGACAAAGAGCUUAUCGCUAUUGUACUCAGCGCUAUGAAUCAGGAGCAGAUUUACGACGUCAAGCCUGUCCAGUAG